AAUUCUCAGUCAUUUUCCGUUGAGCAGCCGCGUUUUCAGCCUAAGGAGGGAAAGGAGAGACGUCACGCCAUGGGAAGAAGACCGGCUAGGUGUUACCGUCAGAUCAAGGGCAAACCAUACCCAAAAUCUCGUUACUGUCGCGGUGUCCCCGAUCCCAAGAUCAGGAUCUACGACGUCGGCAUGAAGAAGAAAGGCGUCGACGAGUUCCCUUUCUGCGUCCACCUCGUCUCCUGGGAGAAGGAGAACGUCUCGAGCGAAGCACUCGAAGCCGCGCGUAUCGCUUGCAACAAGUACAUGGUGAAAUCCGCGGGAAAAGAUGCUUUCCAUCUGAGGAUUAGGGUUCACCCGUUCCAUGUUUUGAGGAUCAACAAGAUGCUUUCCUGCGCUGGAGCUGAUAGGCUUCAGACCGGUAUGAGAGGCGCUUUCGGAAAGGCCUUGGGCACUUGUGCUAGGGUUGCGAUUGGGCAGGUGCUUUUGUCUGUGAGGUGUAAGGAUGCUCAUGGUCACCAUGCUCAGGAGGCUCUGAGGAGGGCUAAGUUUAAGUUCCCUGGUCGUCAGAAGAUUAUCGUCAGCAGGAAAUGGGGUUUCACUAAGUUUAACAGAGCAGACUUUACGAAGCUGAGGCAAGAGAAGCGUGUUGUUCCUGAUGGUGUUAAUGCUAAGUUCUUCUCAUGCCAUGGACCUUUGGCUAACCGUCAGCCUGGAACUGCAUUUUUGCCGGCCACCUAUUGAAGUUUCAGAGCUGAAUUAUAUUAGUCUAAAACUUUUUUUAUCCUUGAAAGUAUUGUCUUACAGUUUUAUACAUUCAGUAUUCUGAAUCUUUUUGAAAUGACAUUGGUCCUUUAUAUGUUAGCCAGUAAACCUUAUUUUGCAA